GGAAAGAUCCAAUUUCUUUGAUCUCCAGGAGUCGUUCGUCGAGUUCCUUGAUGAAAUCUCAAGAAAAAGUCAAAAAAUCAAGCUCAAUCGAAAAAAGACAACAUUACAAGAAGGUUCGUUUGCGAUGUAGUCAUAGUCAACACCCACAGUCAAAACUACAUCACCAUGUUCGUAAUGAGAAGUGGGCAGCAACAGCUGCUUAGAACCACGUCCAGUAGUACGUUUUGUGUGCUGCCAGCCGGAGUUUUUAGAAUACCAACUUCGACAUCGACUCCUACCUCAUCCUGCAGGAGCACUUCUACAAGUACAACAAUAUCAGCAUCUUGCGGACGACGAUGUAUGUCCACGUCAAGCAUGGUAUUAGCAGCUGCCUCUUCUCCUGCGCAUACCUCAAGCGAUAUCUCCAAGAAAGUGAAGAAAUUUGGCGACUCAGACUCACCGUAUAACGAUUGUAUGAUGGAUAUUUGUAUAGUGCCUGUGGGUGUUGGUGUCUCUGUACGCGAGGAAGUGACUGCAGUAGAAAAAGUCUUGAGGGAUCCGAAAUGGAGGUUGAAAGGCGUUUUCCUGCAUGGAUACGGAACUAAUAUUCUUAUGGCAUGAUGAUAUGCUAAUGCUCAUGCUCGUCAUGAUGUUCUUUUUGGACCAUGGUCAUACAGUUUUUACUACAAAGACUUUAUUGUUGUACUUUUAUCAACACUUUUCCUAGUAGUAGUCAUCAUGAUGAUUAGCGUUAUUGUACGUUUAUCCCUUUCCUAGUAGUAGUCCUAGUCAUCAUGAUGAUUAGCUUAAGCUUUAUUGUACGUCUAUCCCUUUCCUAGUUUCUCUCUACGACAACGAACUUGGUGGAAAAUUCGUCAUGAACUUUAUCCCACUUCAGAAUGUCUAAUUAUAAAAUAACGCAUAGAACGGAUGUAGGAUGGACUUGGAUGGAUCGGAUGAACCCCCCUAAGCCUUCCGAUCCUACUUGAAAUGGUGGGAAGUCCAUCCGUUCCAUCCCAUCCCGAUCCCUAUACGUUAUUCUAUAACUAAAAAGGUCAUAGGGAGACUUUUGACUGUUCGUCCACUUUCAGCUUUAUCUCUAACUAGAAAGGGCACUGGGACGAUUGCUGUGCGGCGCUGAAGGCAUGCCAUGCUGUCUUGCAUAAUGACCACGGUGUUACGCGCAUCACCACUAGCAUUCGUCUGGGAACUCGUGUGGACAAAAAACAAAGCAUCGAGGACAAAAUCCAUUCUGUAGCAGAAAAGUUGUGACAUUGAAUAAGGC